GCGAAGUCAGAAAUAUAUCAGCAAGUCUAUUUCAGGGCUUACCAACCGUCCUUGUUUGCGGAAUGACUAAGCAGGAAACUGACAGCGACGCCGCCGGUUGGGACAACUGGCUCCAAUGCCGGAAUAUGAAUUUUGACGAAGUUUGCCAUGUUGUGGACAUCUGGAAAGAGCAUGACAUGGUACAAGGUGAAGACAACGCGAAACAAUUCUUCGAGGUGGACCCGGAGGGUUUCUUUGUCGCUGUCGAUAAAAGAACAGGCCAAGUGGUGGCUUCGUGCGCAUGCGUUCGGCAGAACCCUUCACUUUUCUUCCUCGGUCAGUACGCGGUUCGGAAGAGACUCCAGGGCCAAGGUGUAGGGCCCAGGCUCUGGAAAUUCAUGGAGCAUCGCCUGGGCGACUGCAACGCGGGCAUCAGCGCAAUGCCCAAAACUUUCCCCGUGUACCGGGACAAGGCGGGUUUGCCCCACAUCGAGCCCUGGACAACAGUCAUUUACAGCGCGUCCACAGUGACACCGGAGAAGCUACCCACGCCGCCAGAUGAUCUUCGUGUGGUGUCCAUUGACGAAGCGCUGAUGCCAAAGGUGAUCGCCUACGACGCCCUCGUUCAUGGUUACGACCGCGGAAGGAUGAUCAGUCUGACGAUGGGUUCCGGGACGGGCACAUCGAGGGCUGUCGUACAGCGGCAGGGCGGAGAUGACGUAAUCUGUGGUUUCGGCAAAAUCAACAGCAACAUUCCGCAGGGCGCCGUGGUGGGUCCCAUCUACGCUAGGGAUCGAGAGGUCGCCGCCGUGCUUCUGCGGAACCUUGUGGAAAACAAGCCGGAAGCACGAGUCAUGGUCGUCAUGUUUGUGCCGAACUGUAACAAGGAUGCCUGCGGUAUUGCCGAAGACCUGGGCCUAAUUGAAAGUGUGAGACUACCCCGCUGCUUCCGCAAGGAAGGCGUGGCCCUUCGCUUAGAGCUGGUCUAUGCCCAACAUGACACGAAUUUUUGCAUCGCUUAAAAGAAAAAAAAAACAGUAUUAUCAGUUAUGAUAUCACGCCUCACCAAGCCGUCAAAGAGCAGAAGCACUCCAUUUUUUAGUUUAAUUGCUUUUCUUUUGUCUUUGAUUACUGACAUCAGUAUUGAUAGAUUGACAAAUUCACGUCUGUUCUAUUUGGCUUCUGUGCGUGUUCUUCUAAUUUUCCCAUGUGAGAAGUAGCAGACCAAUCACUACGUGUACUGAUGACAGUCUUUUUUUAUAAUAAACUAUUUGUUUUCUUGAAAGUUUAUG